AUGGAUAAAACUUCAAAGGGUAUUCAAACCCUAAGCACCCAUUGUUCUUACAAGACCAAAUUCGCCUUUAGGUUCCUUAGAUCCCUCAUGAAACUGAAAAAACAACACCAACCCAUUUCUUCUUCUUCAUCAUCUUCGAUGGAAUUAAUCCAUAAACGUAGUCAGAGGAUAAAGAUGUUAGCUUACUCAUCCAUAGCUCAUGCAGCUGGGCCAAGGAGAGCUUGGAGCAGAGCUAUUCUUUUCAAGCUUCAAAGCAGAGCCAGACACCAUUAUUUUACCAGAAAGAGAUCAAGCUUGGAUUCGAAGACGAAGCAGAAAAAGAUAUUGAAGAACAAAAGGGUUAUGAGAAACCAUAAUAUUAUUAGGGCUGGAUCGACGUCGAGAGUAACGAGAGAGACGAAGCAGAUGAAGAAGCUUCGAGAGAUCGUACCGGGUGGGAAAGAGAUGGAUAUUUGCAGCUUGUUUGAUGAAACUGCUCACUAUGUAAAAUGUCUUUCCAUGCAGGUUCAAGUCAUGCAGGCCAUUGCUGAUCGAUUUUCGAAAUGA